GUUCGAAUUACGCGUCUAAGUAAACAUUCCUAUAUCAACGUCAAUGGCUCAGGUACAAAUAACAUAGCAUAUCGUAAUCAAGAUUCGCAAAAUACUUAAAAAUUCAUUUGCCCAAGCAAAGGAACUCGAGAACACAGAGAAGAAUUAUUUUAGCUUGCGUUGCGGAGUAGAGGCGGUGUAAUCUGUGUAUAUUGUGGGUCUCUGACUGAUAAGCCAUGGUAAAGGAUACAGUAUAUUAUGACAUCUUGGGAGUCGAUGUUGAUGCCUCGCCCGCGGAUAUUAAGAAGGCUUACUAUAUCAAGGCCAGGGUCGUCCACCCUGAUAAAAAUCCUGGAGAUUCACAAGCUGCUCACAAUUUCCAGGUGCUUGGAGAAGCUUAUCAGGUAUUGAGUGACCCUGAGAAGCGUGAAGCAUAUAACAAAUAUGGCAAAGAGGGAGUGCGGCAGGACUCUAUGGUUGACCCUGCAACUGUGUUUGGAAUGAUGUUCGGGAGUGAAUAUUUUGAAGAUUAUGUUGGGCAGCUUGCAUUGGCUACCAUGGCAUCUGUUGAAAUUGAUCAAAAAUUAGCUCCUGAAGUUCAAAAACAGAAAAUUCAGGAGAAGAUAAAGGCAUUGCAAAAGGAAAGGGAAGAGAAGCUCAUAGUACUUCUGAAAAAUCGUCUUCUACCAUUUGUUGAAGGUCAAACUACUGAGUUUGUGGAAUGGGCAAAAUCUGAAGCCCGUCGUCUUUCUCAAGCUGCUUUUGGAGAGGCAAUGCUUCAUACUAUUGGGUACAUUUACACGAGGCAAGCUGCAAGAGAAAUCGGGAAGGGCAAGCGUUACAUGAAGGUUCCAUUUCUUGCAGAGUGGGUGCGGGACAAAGGACAUUGGAUAAAAUCUCAAGUUUCAGCAGCUUCAGCUGCCGUGUCCUUGAUUCAAAUACAGGAGGAAUUGAAGAAGUCAGGUGAAGGAGAGAUUAAGGAUGAGCAUACGAUCAAAAUGUUGGAAGAAAAGAAAGAUGCAAUGGUUAAUUCCCUUUGGCAGAUUAACGUGGCAGAUAUUGAGUCAACUUUAUCUCGUGUUUGCCAAGCGGUUCUCAAAGAUCCCAGUGCUUCCAAGGAUGUUCUCAAGCUGCGAGCCCGAGGAAUGCGGAAACUUGGAACAAUUUUCCAAGGUGCAAAGGCAAAUUACGUUAGAGAAAACAGUUUACGACAUGAAACUACAGAUCGACUAGAUGGUGCUACAUCAUCUAAGUGAAGACCAAAUUGCCUGUCUGCUUCAAAUUCAGGUUGGUCAAAGUCCAUGUAGUACUUAUAGUGCUUACUUUAAUUCAAAUGUUUCGUAGGCCUAUCAACAUUGAGAUAAAUACACUUAUUUUCGUGUAAACUCUUUCUGGCUGGACCUUUCCCAUGUUUAUACAAUUCUGUAUUUCUAUUAUACAGUGCUACAUAAAGCAUGCUUUAUUCAGGUGAGAUUUGCUAAGUUUGUAAAUUCCAAUCAUGAAAGGAUUUGAUAGAAUGGUAUUUAGUUAUUA